GGCCGGGCGGUGUGCCCUGCUCAAAGAUGGCCGCCGGAGGCUUCGGCUUGUGCGGAGGUGGGAGGUGAGGGGCGGCCGGGCCGGGCUGCGGGAAGAUGGCAGAGAGCGAGCGGCGGGCAGGCGCCUCUGAGGAGGUGGCUCCUCCCGUCCAGCAAUGCUUCAUGAUCCCCAAAAAGGAGAUAAACGUGGUUUCCGACAUGGCCAAGUGGAAGCGCUCUCAGGCGUAUGCAGACUACAUGGGCUUCAUCCUCACCCUGAACGAAGGUGUCAGGGGCAAGAAGCUGACCUGUGAAUACAAAGUGUCAGAGCCCAUUGAAAAGCUGGUGGCUCUGCUGAACACCCUUGACAGAUGGAUUGAUGAAACCCCGCCAGUGGAUCAGCCUUCUCGCUUUGGGAACAAAGCCUUCAGGACCUGGUACGCCAAACUAGACCAGGAAGCAGAAAAGUUGGUGGCAACAGUGAUUCCCAAGCAUUUGGCUGAUGCUGCCCCAGAAGUGGCUGUGUACCUGAAGGAAUCCGUGGGGAACUCCACCCGCAUUGACUAUGGCACAGGGCACGAAGCUGCAUUUGCAGCCUUUCUCUGCUGCCUCUGCAAAAUUGGUGUGCUCAGAGUGGACGACCAGAUGGCCAUUGUCUUCAAAGUGUUUAACAGGUACCUGGAAGUGAUGCGAAAACUUCAGAAGACCUACAGGAUGGAACCUGCUGGCAGCCAGGGCGUGUGGGGCUUGGAUGACUUCCAGUUCCUGCCUUUCAUAUGGGGCAGUUCCCAGCUGAUAGACCAUCCAAGUCUGGAGCCUCGACACUUCGUUGAUGAGAAGGUGGUAAACGAAAACCAUAAGGACUUCAUGUUCCUGGAGUGCAUCCUCUUCAUUACAGAGAUGAAGACGGGCCCCUUUGCCGAGCACUCCAACCAGCUCUGGAACAUCAGCGCCGUGCCCUCCUGGUCCAAGGUCAACCAGGGCCUCAUCCGCAUGUACAAGGCAGAGUGCCUGGAGAAGUUUCCUGUGAUCCAGCACUUUAAGUUCGGCAGCCUGCUCCCCAUCCAGCCUGUGACAUCCUAAGGAAGCCGCGGGAGGAGCCGGAGCAGCGGAGGCACAGUGCGGCGCUCUUCCUCCUCCCCUCACCCCCUCCUCAUCGCCCUGCCCAUCCAUUCCUGCACAUCCUCAUCGGCAACCACAGAUCCAAAGCACUCGCUGGCCUUGCACGGGAGACGGGACCUGGAGCAGCUCCCCCUGCACGUCCUCACCACGGAGAUGUCUCGCCCGCGGCCAGGCCAGGGCUGUGUUGAUCCACAACUGCCAUGCGCAGCUCCGGGCAUGGGAAUGGGUUUGGGUAGGGGCUGCUUUGCAGCAAAGGCCCUCUGCUUCCCUUCCCAGGAGGAAGGGGUGUGGAAGGGAGGAAGGCACGUGUGGGUGUGUUGGGCAGUGGUAACUGCGAUUUCCCUUUUGAAUUUCAUUGGAGUUUCCUGUUGCUGUUUGCUUUGGGAAACCACCACGCAGGGUGAGGUGUGAGCCUGUGCGUGUCUGUAGGCAGCCAGCUCUCCCUGCUCAGGAGGUCUGGAAUGGGUAAAGGGAGUUGUAGGGAAUGUCUGUGGGUUAUUGGAAGCCCAGGGUGCCAUCUCUCCCUUUUCUGGGUAAGGAAAGCCCCCUCCCUCUGUCUCUUCUGCAAGAUUUCCUUUCUUUCCCACUAGCGCCUCUUCUCUUGGGCGAAGCUGGGAACCUUCUGAGCUGUGGCUCUGGAGCUGGAGACAAGGUCCCUGGAGGGACCUGGCUCUGUGGGAACAGCUAUGCAAAGACACUGCUCAGGCUCCCUCUUAACGGGUACAAACCCUGACACAUUCACACACAUCCAUGGCUGGGUCCAACCUGCCCUCUGCACUCCCCGGGCUUUGCUGCCCCAGGGCUGGGCUGGCCUCAGUGGCACAAGGUGACCGUGGUUGCUCCUGCUUGGUCAUAAAUUGUAGUGACAAUCCCAUAGCAAAGGGAUUUCCCCAUGGAGCAGCAUGAUCCCAGCUCUUCAAGGGAGACAUCCCCGGAGCACAGGCAGCAUGAGAGGGUAGCAUGUGGCUUUACAUGCAUUUAUAUCCCUGUGCUGGAAACAAAAAGCAUAAAUAGCCCAGGGCAGCAGGUUAUACCUGGAGAAAGCUCUUUCCCUUUGUCAUUCCCAGCUGGUGUUGCUGGGCUGGACCUCAGGCAGAGGGACCAGACUUCCAGUGCCACUUCCAGUUCCAGCAGCAUCUUGAAGGCAGGUGGUCUGGAUCACACCAGCAGCAUCACGGGAGAGCAGAAAUGGCUGGUGCUGUGUUUGAGAUGAGCUGUUGUAUCCACAGGUCUUGACCAAGGUGGUCCAUAGCUUUGCAGCUGGAGAGGAGAUGCUGCUUCUUGGGGUUUCUGGGCUGGGUGUGGGGCGACAGGGCUCUGGUCUGGUGUUUGCUGAGGAUCAGGAGCAGCAGGGAUCCUUCCUCUGGCACUCCUGCAGAUCAUGGAGGGGGCAGUGGGGCUGCUCAGUGCCAGGCUGCUCAGCUUUUGCUGCUGCACUGCUUUACUGCUGGGGAGGGGGAGAGAAACCUGCUUGUGAUUUUUUUUUUAUUAUUAUUUUAUUUUUAUUUUUUCAUGAUUUUUACCAGAACCUACUCACUCCCUCUUGUAAAGGUUCUCACAGGCGCUCAGGGGAAGGAGAGCAAGAAAAGAGUCUAAAUUAGGAGGCAGUGAAGUGUCCACAGAGCUGAAGUAGAGCUUUCUGGCACUGCUGCUGUCCUGACUGCUCCUGGCUUGGCCCUGGGCAGGGGGUGGGGGACAAAGGGCUUUUGACCUGCCUGAAACAACUUAUAAACUUGUAUUUUAAAUGAAAAUGGAAGACUGGGGUUAAGUCUAUUUUACUCCUGAAUGAGAUGUGUUUUGUCUUGGCUUUUCAAAUGGAUCCACUCCUGGAAUGACGGUGGAGACCCCUGUGCUUGCUGGGGCUUGAUGAGUCCAUCUCCAGCAGAGCAGCCUGUGCCUGGCAUGGAGACCCUCAGUGUCUCCACCCAUGUCCCCUCACAUUGCUGUGUGGCUUUUGGCAAGAGUCCCCAUGCUUUAAAUGGCUGUGUGGCUGUGCAGCAUCUGGCCAGCAAUGGCUGAACAAAAGCCUCUGGUUUCCCAAGUCUGCCCAAGGGCCGGGAAUGCAUCUCUCCUGGUCAUCUCACGGAAAUGGGGCUUCCAUGCAAAAGGAUGGGUGGAAAUGUUGACAUCCGUGCAUGGGAGGGACACCCAGAAUGUGGAAUACAGCACCAAAGAAUGGUGGAGAGAUGCUUCCUUCUCCUGCAGCUGCAGCCACUGCUCCCUGGGGAUGCUGUCCCUGGGCUUGGGACCUGCGGAGGAGGUGGGAGGAGGCUCAUGCAGAGCUGUGUUUGUUGCUUGCCUGAGUCUGCACAUUAGUCCUGCUGGGUAUUUUGGGACUUCAAGCAGCUCUUAUUUGAGUCUUAUCAGCCCACUUGGGAUGUGCCCCUGCCACGUGGCAGCCACCUGCUUGCCUCCCUCUGACUCCCACAGCGUCCGUCACGGCUUCUCGGGGCUCCGCUCCUCUCCUGGCACAUCCACACAUGUGGCACCACCCAGGGCUGCUCCGUGUCCAAAGCAGCACUUCCCACCUCCUCCCGCACUGUAGUUUGAAUUAAAGUCUCUGUGUUUUGCACCAGUGACUGUGUUGGUCUCUCUCAGACUGGGGUUUGCUCCCACUUUGGGAGCAGAGCCAGUGAAGCCGAAGGCCGGAGCCCUCGGCACAAGGAAGAGGCACUUGCUGUGUUGGUGGUUGAUCUUUUGCUUGCACCAAAAUGGACUCGUUAUUUAACUGCAUGAUCAAGCGCAUCCAGUCUUUGUGUCCUUCCUGGGUGUCUCUCUGUUGUGUUGUAUGUUUUUAUUUAUUAACUUCUUUGCUGUGCCCACCCCCCUCCUGGCUGGGAUUUGGCAGGUAGGUGAUGUGUGAAGCCUGAUCCCAGGCCAGCAAAUACUUCUUGAAGAUCAGAGACUCUCAUGACCAAAGGACGUUUGAGCCUUGUUUCUGAGGCAGGGUGAGAACUGGAACCUUUUUCUUCAGAUGUUUUUCGUGUCCUGCUGUAGGAGCUGACUCAGGACUUCCAGCAUCGGUUUAGUUCAGCAGCUUUGUUGGAUUUAUAUUAUACCUGGAUUAAAUUAAACCUGGACCUUCUCAUGAGUGGUUGGAGGUAGCGUAGCUGUGCUGAGCAAACGCUUGUUUCCUUGUCUCUGGGUUACAUUGUCUCCAUCAACACGGGCCAACUGUGUGAGCGCGUGUUGCUAAAAGCGGCAGCAGCGUGGAGGGAUGGAUGGUGAGCAGAAAUGUCAUCUUGGAUCACAAAUGUUUUCUUUGAAGGCACUUGAAUUCGUCUUGAGCGUGUCCCUUAGUGAACAUGACGUGCAGUGAAGGGGAAGCAGACGUAGUGUGGGUUUCUGGCCACCUUCCCCCUCAGCCCACUGGCCAAGCCAGUUUUUUUAAAUUCAGUUUUCAGAGCUGGGGUUGCCACACGUAGGGCAGUUUGUGUUUCUGUUUAACAAGUGUUGCCUUUGCACAGGGCAGGUUUGCAAAUCCCCCGUCUCGUUCUUCACAACCCUCCUUUAUGAGUGAUCGCUCAUGGCAGCCACUUAUAAAUGAAGUAAGAGUUGAGAGAAGGAGCCUCAUGCAGGGUUGGGAGUAACAGAAUAAAAACUGCUUGAUGCCAUUGUUGCUGCAUUAACUUGUCCCCUCAUGCAGUGCUGGGAUCCUGCUGGUGAAUAAACGCAGCGCCCACUGCAGGACCAGCGAAGUCUGAGCUGGCACUUGCCAGCAUGAAGGUGCACUUUGUACCCCAAGGACCUGGAGCUGAACCACGCAAGAGCCCUGGAGUCUUCACCCUAUCCCUGCAACUGCAUUGACUUCCUUCCUGAGAGAGGGAAGGAGGCAGAAAUGGGUGGGAGAAGGUGGAAUGGGUGGUUAGCAACCAUUGCUAAUGUAACCUGGACUCUCCCCCUGCCAACCUGCCAGUGGGAACCUUGUAGAGUUGAGGAACUCCCAGGGAUCUUGUCGCUGCUCCACCAAGGACUCUCCUGGCUCAGCUGGAGAAUUUACAGGGCUUUUGGAGGUCGUUUCAUGCUCUAAUAGCCAAGAGGAGAGAUCUUCAUCCUUUAGCGUUGUUUACCCUUCAGUGGAUGAGCACUCUUCCCAUUGACAUUGGAGAAACUCUUUGAACGUCCUGGGGACAGACAGGUCUUGUAAAAUUGUGCCAAACUUCAAA